AGAGAAUUAUUUCUAAUAGGGAGAACUUAAAAUUCGGAACAAAAUGGCGAAUAACUCUACCAUUGAAUACGAAUAUUACUACGAAAUGAACGGAACAGAUGAAGAAUAUUGCUCUGGAGAACAAGAACUAAUUUUCAAGAGCUCAGUCCAGUUGAUUUUCGUGAUCAUCUAUUCUAUCAUUGGAUUCGUUGGAAUCUUUUCCAACACUUUUAUCAUCAUCAUCAUACUUAGUAAACAAGAAAUGUGGAACAGCACAAACGUGUUCAUCUGCAAUAUGGCCGUAUCAGAUAUAGUGAUCAGUCUGACCGCUAUACCACUCACACCGCUCACAGCUUUUACAGGAGAUUGGUAUUUUGGAAAGAUUGCCUGUGUUCUCCUACCUGCCUUCCAGGGAGGAAGUGUGUACAUAUCAUCACUGAGUCUGGCGGCAAUAGCUGUGGAUAGAUACUUUGCGAUGAACAAAAGUAGUCCUGCACAAAAGAACCCCAUGAAUGCCUGGUGUGUUGUACUACUCAUUGAUAUCAUCUCAAUGGCCCUUGUUAGUCCCUACUCCUGUAAUAUGGAGCUGAGAGAAAUGAAAGAUUCUAGGGUGUGCAUGGAAAACUGGUCCGGAAAAUUUAGAUAUGUGUUUGGAGUGGCCACCAUCCUUGUCCAGCUAGUUCUACCAGUGGUGAUAAGUGCUGUGGCGUACAGGAAAAUUUUAGUCCUGCUCCAGAAACAUUCUUCAACUCUCAAACAGAAUAUGUCAAAAACAUCUCAUAAAAUUCAACAAGAGAGACAAAGGAACAAGAGACGAACUCAUAUUCUCAUCGCCAUCUUGGUUUUAUUUGUAAUCUGUUGGUUACCCCUAAACCUCAUCAACCUUCUGGAAGAUGUCGGAGUCAGACUCAGCUGUUGGAGAUACUACUUCUUCCUGUUUUUCUGUUUCCAUAUUCUUGCUUCAUUCUCAGUGUGUAUCAACCCAAUCCUGUAUGGUUGGCUCAACGCUAGCAUUAGGGAGGAGAUCGAGGACCGGCUGAACCGUUUAAAAUCAGUAUUCUGUGCACGGGAAGAACAUUCUCAGAGUUUAGAGUUAAAUCUCGUGAUAGAAGGGAGGAUAACACCUUCAAUGAGGAUCAGAGCAAUUAAUGCUGAGCAAAACAAUUUAAACCAUGUUUAAAUCACUGUAAAUAACAUACUUUGAAUUUAAUUCAAACCACUGUGAAUCAAAACUUUAAACCUGCAAAUACUUCGAAUGAUGUUUAAACCACUGUGAAUGAAACACUUUAAACCAAAUUUAAACCACUGCGAAUCAAACACUUUGAACCUUAUUCAAAACAUUGUGAAUUAAACACUUUGAACUUUAAUCAAACAGCUGUGAAUUAAACAAUUUAAACCAUGUUUCGACCACUGUAAAUCAAAAAAAACUUUUACCAUGUUUAAACCUCUGUGAAUAACAAACUUUAUUCCAUGUUUAGACCACUGUGAAUAAAAUUAAACCAUAUUUAAACCACUGUGAAUCCAACACUUAAAAUCAUGUUAAAACUACUGUGAAUCAAAUGCUUUAAAUCAUGUUUAACCACCGUGAAUAAAACAAUAUGAAUCGAAAUUAAACCACUGUGAUUACAUGGCACUUUAAACCAUGAUAAAAUCACUGUGAAGUAAAUCCAUUACUUUAUAUCAUGUUAAAACCACUGUGAUUACAUGGCACUUUAAACCAUGUUAAAACCAACCAUGAACCAAUUUAUUUGAAUCGUGUCUAAACCACUGUGAAUGAUUUAAAAUAGAGUUUAUACAUUAUUUAUUUUGAUUAAUAACCAGUAAAUAAUUACAAAUAUUCGUCAAAGUUUUAAUAUUAAACCACUGUUAUUAAUCAAUACUCGAAAGAUGGUGUUAUUUAUUUAGAUCAAACUAAAUCUAAAAAUAUUUGAACCAGUUUUCUCAAACCAAAUCCAGUGUUUGAUAAAACACCAUAGUGAUAAAAAACUAUAUAGUCUAUAUGUGAUAACAAAAUAAAAGUAUCAUUUAACAUUUGAAAACAAUACUCAAGCUUCAGUACUUUCUGUCUAU